AUGCCAGCGAGGAAUCUGUCGUUGGUUGGAGAGAGCCAACAGAACCCUGCACAACCAGAUGCAAUAGCUGGAAAGCACUUGCCUCCCAUUAGCUCGUCCUCCCAUGAUCCCAAAGGGGAGCACGAGACCCAACAUGUAAAAGAACAUGUUAAACCCAUGGUUUCCAAUCUAGAAGUCGGGGUAGACAUGGACGAAGAUAUACAAGAUAAGGGAAUGUAUCAUGGUGUGCCCAAGGAUCAUAAAAAAUCAAAACUGGGGUUUGGGACAGCAGAGAUGCAGAGUUUGAUGAGGAAGACGAACCAUUAUGCAUGCCCAUCCAUUUCACCGCAAUAG